AUGACAGGCUCUCCUACAAAAUUAAAAGUGGCUUCAACGCAGCCUAAAUUGGCACCUACAUCGUCCAGUAGCAGUGUUAAUGCCAAUUCAAACAAGAAAAGCAGUUCCGAUAGCAAGCAUAAGGGUGCCAAAUUGAAACCAUCCAAAAAUCCCUACAGUAACCUGAACAUGUCUAAUACCAGCGAAAGUUCGUACGCUCAGUUACCCAAGAUAAACCCCAGUGAGAAGAAUAAAGCAGCUACAUCUAUGCACCGGAGACUCUCCAUUCAUAACCAAAAUUAUGUUCCUCCCACUUUAGACUAUUCGAUGCCACUUCCAACUAUGGAUCUUUCACUUGAUACAAAUAAGAAUAACACAGAGCAGAAUAUUGAGAAUCUCAUAUCUAAGAAUAUAUCAACAGCAUCAUUCAACGCUACUGAGGAAACCAAUAUAAGUGAAAUUCUCCAACCUUCUACUUUAAGAAACAUUUUAUUAGAUCCCAAAUUCAGUGCCAAAAAAUUUGUUAGACAAGAAUUAAGCAGUGCAACUGCAAUAGAGAUUGAUGAUUUCACUAACAUAUUGUCUAGUUUAAAUGAUAAUAUAAAUACGGAGAUCAAGGACAAUCUAAAUCGUUCCUACAAUGAAAUAUUAAAAGUGAACAAUGAUCUAUUUAUUGCUUCCAGCGAAUUGAACCAAUUGAGGGAUAAUGUGAAGGAAUUAAGUAAUGUUAUGUCUAAUUUUGAUGUCAUUGCUGAGAAGAGGCUCCUCUUUGAAGAGAGAAAGGAGGAAGCUAAUGGCUUAUUACCCCCAAUGAACAGCAAAGAAGAAAAAAGGGACCAAAGCAGUUUAGUUGUACUGGAUAAGAUAUGGAACGAAGAACUGCUGGAUUUAGUGAAAAAAGUGGAUGGUGUUAAGAAUAUUAUUUUCGAUAAUAAUAACCAGAGAAAAAAUCUGAAUAGACAUUUCAUUCUAGAAAGUUCGGAUUGGUUUGAAUUAAAUGUUACAACAUUCAGGUUUUCACAAAUGAUCAAAUUCUUCAUUCUAAGCGAUUUGAUUUUCAUUGUAUCCAAAAAUAAUAAAAAUAACAGGUUUAUUUUAAGUCAAUGUUUGGAUGUAAAGACAGUUAUUGUCAAUAAGGAUCCUUAUUCCAAUAGAUUAUUCUUCAAGACUAAUGAAAGCAUAGCUAAUUCCAACCCUGACGUAUCAACUAGUUUACUCUUCGAGACUAGAGAUGAAAGGGAAUGUGGCAGAGUUUUGGAAUCUAUAAGAAAGGCUAAGGAUGAUCUUUGCGAUAUCUUUGAAGUGGAAAAACAAAAUAAACAAAAAUUAGAAGAGUCAUUCAAAAUUUUACAAACUACACAACCGACUCCAAUAAGGGAUCAAAAUUCAAUUACAUCACCUAUAAAAAAUAAUAUAAACAGGCACAGUUUAGACAAUACACCCAUUUUUAAUAGCGAACUGUCUCCUAGGAAAAGCUACACUAAAAAUAGUACUUUCAAUCAUGAACAGCAUUUUUUACAGGAUUUGACUUUGUCUAUUCAAUCAGCAUCUGGAAAUCAUGAGUUAAGUCCCCUGGCUAGAAGAUUAAAGGAUCUAAACGAUUCUAUAGAAGAGGUUGAUAUUCAAAUUGCUAGAGUGAACUUUGAGGAGGCCGUUCUCCUUUUAACCAGUAUUGAAUCAAAACUAAACGAGUAUUUUGCUGCCAACCAAUCAAUCUCAAAGAAUGAAUCCAUGUUUUAUAAUUUAAUUCUACUAAAUUUGAAUCAGAAGAGGGAAUCAAUAAGAUUGAAAUUGUCCCGAAGUGUUUUGGUCAACAAAACUGAGAUCUCACAAGUUAUUCACAAUAUAAAAACAAUGAUCAAAUUAGGAUUUGCAGAAGAGAGUUUGGAUAUAUUUUUACAAAAUAGGUCGAAUUUGAUUCAAAACUUAAUAUUACAAAUUGGUUCAAUUGAUAAUUCCAUUAAUUAUGUAGCAGAAUUGGCUAUAAUCAGGUUCCAAACAUUGAAACAAACUGUCACAAACUUCAACGAGCUUUAUAGCAACGGAGACAACAAGAUUUCCUCCAUACUAGUCAGUUGGUGCAAUGACCAAGUUGACAAGCAUUUCCAACUGAUAGACAAGCAUCUGUUGAACGAUGAAAUGUUAUCCCCAGAGUCUAUCAAAACCACAAGAAAACAGAUCGACGACUUGAAGUCGGUCGGUUUAGACUUUGUUUACAAAUUAGACGAGUUCAUCAAGAGAAACGCACAUAGAAUUCGUUAA